UCAGCUGACGAAUGUAAACAAACGCUCGAGGCCCGACUAUGACGAAGGACGCAAGAUGAACGUGGCUUUCAACAGUCGGGAUCUUCUCCAUCUCUCUGUGGCUCCAGGAACGAAGUCGUGGAGUAUAUUCGUUGGUGUGAUGUCCAUUGGAAUUGGUGCGUCAUACUAUAGCCCAGAUGAUCAUAUUCUUAUGAAGAUUGCCUAUCUCACUGGAUGUCUCAUUCUUGGCCUCACAUUCUUGGAUGAUUGGGAGGAUUGUGUGUUUGACAUCAAGAAGGGUCAAGUGACCAUAACGAGACGCAACUGGUUUGAGUGGCUAACGAGCCGCUGUGCUGAUCAUAACACGCUCGUCCUCGAUACAGGCUCGGUCAUUGCAGUGACAGUUGUGCAAGGGAAAGGCGGACACAAAGAUGGCUAUCAAGUUGCAAUGGUUUUAAGAGCUGGAGGAACGAUGCCACUUUCAGAAACGAGUGCAGGGGGGAAAAGCGAACAAGAGCACCUCGCGAAGAAAGUGCGAGACUUCCUGUCACUGGACCGCGUUGAGUCGGUCAGAAACGUGUGGAACGACUGGUCGGAGAGCGAUGAAGAGGACUUCCUAAUGGUUCCUCAGCCACCGUUUGAGGUUGAAUGCUUAAAGGGUAGUGGAAAUAUAAAUUUUGAGGACAUAAAAUUAGAAAAUGAACGUGUUGUACAGCAAGGGGAGAGUGAUGAAAUGGACACUUCCAGCAGUGACGAGGAGCUAUAUGAUGACCUCUGAGCUCUACCAAGAGAGGAGGGAGGUGUGUGAGUGCUUUGUAGCUGUGCGCUGUGAUUCCAAAGCCAUGAAAUACACUAUCAGUGACAUGCUUCCCUCUGUGCUGUCCUUCUCACUUCUUAAGGUGGUGGACAGCCUGUUGAAGUAUACUCAUAAUGAGUGAUGUUCUUUUUAUUUGUAUGUAUACAUAAUGUAACUGCUAAUACUGACUGACACUGUACCACUGUGCCAUGAUCCUCAGUAUCUUUGUCUGCACCUUCUUUACCAUGAGUGUAAAAUGUUUUUAAUCAAGACUCAGGUUCUUUGUGUCAGUAAGCAAAAAAUGAAAAUUAUGUAUUGGAUUUUUUUUGACUGAUUGUAAUAAUAUACCAAAAAUAAUAAGGAUGAUCAUGUCCAUAUUAUCUGCUGGUAGAGUAGUAGAUGAAACAGUUCCUAAGUUCUAAAAAAAUGGUGCUUUUAUAUUCUCUUUUAGAAGUUUCCCUCUUGUUGCCAUUAGAGAAUGAAGACAAGCCCAUGUCUUCAAAUUCUGAAAAGACUUCAGUUGACAAGGAUUUAUAUAAUUUCUGUUUGCAUAUUGGUUUCUCAAAAAAGUGAGAAUGUAUUGGAAAAUCGUGUGUUAGAGAAACGUAUAUAUUUUGUUUGGAUUGUAAUUUAUAUCCUAAAAUGUAUGCAUGGAUGAUUAUUUCUUACCCACAGUUACUUAAAGAUUUCACUCAUGAAUUGUGAGGAACUCAAAUGUGUGGAGUGAGGGAGCAUGCAUGUUUACCUGCCUGUGUGCAUAUGUGCUUGCAUGUAUGUAUGUGCACUUACAUUGAAAUAAUGAAACUGCCAGCACACUGAUCUGUCAAUAUUUGUCAUACUGUAGGUCUCAUUUAGUAACUAAACUUUGUAUUGAGACAAAAGUUAACUCUGAAGUUGUGAAAGGAAUGAUAAACUAAUGCAUUUUUAUGCAUUUUUGGUGUACCUUUUUCAUGUGAAGUACAUUUAGUUUCUUUCAUAUUUUUAUUUUUCUACUGAAUUCUUUGUUGUCGUGCAAUAUGUUUGCCUCGUAUUGAACUCCUCUUGUGGGAUUGUAUUGUAAUUUUCAGUUUAAGCUGUUUAUUUAUUUAUUAAUUUUUUUAUUACUAUUUUAUUCUAAUUUUUAUCAUUAUUAAUUUAUUAAUUAUGGUUCGUAACAAUUUUUUUAUGUUAAUGUAAUCUCUAAAUUGGGAGUCUGUUCAUCACCUGACGUGGUUUUUCUUCUAUGCAAGCACAGAAAUUCUGAGACGUGAUUUUACUACUCAAUUGAAAUCUUCCCAAAUUGUUCAUGGCUCGUGUAAUAAGUUUUGAAUUUGGGAUAGAGAUUAGCCAGCUUCUUCAUCUUUGGGACAACAGAACAUUUUUGAAGGUUGAUAGGCAAGAUAUCAAAAAUUACCUUUAGGAAUAGUAAUAAUGCCAGUUUUUGGGUAAAGAAUUUUUACUGAAAUGUGAAAAUAGUCACUUAAAGUGUUUGUAUUAAUUGAUUUUUUUUUUUUUUUUAUUAUUAUUAUUUGAAUGGGAAGAUUAUUUUUUUCCAAAGUCUCUGCAAGGUAAUAAACAGAGACGAAAAACUCCAGAAAAUGUAGUGAUAAUAAAAACCUAGUUAAAUGGUGCCUUUCAAUUUUUUUUUUUUUCAUGGAAAUGAGAAAAUAUUUAUGCAAGUUAGAAAAUUAAAUAUGUAUGUGUUAACUGCCUCAGGACUGGCUUAUUUUCUAAUGAUUAUUAUUAUUUUUAUUUUUUUUUUUUUUGUAAUAUCGCAUUGAAAAGUUAAUUAAAGGCAUGGAUAUAUAUAUGUAUUUGUUGUAGAACACAUAUAAGGGAAGCUGGGCAGAUAAUGUUAAAUGGCUCUUGGAUAUUUGCUUUUCCAAAUUUUGAUUCUGUAAUAUUAUUAUUAUUAUUUUUUGUUGUUACUUUUAUAUGUCUUUGCUUGGAACUAAUAUAAUCCUUAGGCUUUAAUUUAUGAUUGUAAAGCAAUAAUAAUAUGAUUUGUCUUCUGGUUUAUCUAACUGAAUUUAGAAAUAUUUGUAGUAUACGUUAUAGUAGCUGAAUACGAUAAGAUAUUUUGAUAACAGUGUUAGGUAUUAAGUAUUUCUACAUUUGCAUUAUGCAGGGACUGGUGAGAGGAAAUGUAUUUUCUCUAUAAUUAAAGAAAAAACAAACAAACAAAAGAUUGUAUUUAAGCUCGAAAUUAUUUUCUCAUCUACUAAGUAAUGUUUAAAGGCUAGGUGUUGUAUGCUAGUAUAAGAAUUUAGAUAGAUAACCUUGUAAGAUAAAUCAAAUGGUAGUUAUAGCUGGUGAUAAUGCUUUAAGAUUGAAAAAAAAAACUUUCCUUUUUUUUCAAUUAACAUCUUAACCUAAUUCAGCUAUGUUCAUGAUUUAUUUGCAUAACAUGAUUAUUUUUUAGACUAUUAAAAGAGGCAGAUGAGAACUUAAUUAUGUAAUAUCAUUGCCACACAAGUGUUCAUUUUUUAUGCUUUUUGUUUUUCUUACUUUUUCUCUCUUUCAUUUUUUUCCUUUUCUUUUACUUUCUUCCCCCCUCCUUGGAUGCCAUGUGGAAAGGAUGAUUAACCGCCUAGUAUACACAAAGGAUACUAUACAUUUUCAUUUCUUUAAAAAUCUCUUAUCUGUUUAUCCCACCUCAGUGUGGUUAUUGAAUCGAGUGAAGCUUCUGGGAAUUACUUAUCCGGCCUGCGUUGUGUUUCGGUUUGUGCUUCAUAGUACAUUUUUGUGUGUGACUUCAUUUGUGACUUCAUUUUUGAUCUGACUGUGUGAAAUUGUCUCAUAGUUUGCACUAGCAGUUUAUAUAUUUUUUUUUCCCCUUUUACGUGACAAAAGAAAGGUUUCAGGUGAAAAAUACAGCAAUGGUAAAAGGGAGCAUUUUUGCUGAGGGAAGUCUACAAACUUGAUGUUUGUAUUAAGACAGCUAUGGCAGAAAAUAAGGUGUUCUUCAAUAUUUCACCUUUCAGCCUUUGUCAGAUAUUACGUACGUGCAUUUAGCUCUUGGACAACAUUCUGAAAAUAAUUUGGAAAAUCCUCAAAGUCAGCUCUUUAUUAAUGGCAGUAUUGUAAUUGUUUCUUCCCAUGUUGAAUCUUCCUAUGCCAUAUUCAUUCCCAUUCAUAACUGUGUUAUCAAGAGCUGUUGGUUUUGAUUAACCUGAUUUCUUAAUUCCUUGAUUUUGUGGUCUUUGCUUUGGCUUUCAUAUCAUUUCUGAUUUUAGGCUUAGGAAAGGGAAUAGGUCUUGUGCAUUAAAGGAGUGAUGCAUACUUUUCCUUCAUAUUAUCCCAAUAAGGAAGUAAUCAUAGAUGGCUGUGAUCAAAUAUAAUUAAUAAUAUUUACAGUAUUUCAGCAAGUAAAUGUGUAUCUGUUCAUAUUUUUUCUUUCGUGAUAGUUUCCUGUUCAAGAGAAGAUAUACAGUAUAUAACGAUUAAAUUUAAACAAAGAACAGAAACUGUGGUGCAUAGUGGUGAUAUUGUAUGGAUGCUGAUGAUGCAUGAAAUCUAAAGUUAUUUCUUCGAGUUUGAUCACAUUUAACCAUAAACUACCUGCCCAUUUGUUUAGGGAUGAUUUUGUAUUCAUUGUUUAUCUUUUUUUUUUUAUACCUUUACAUUUAGUUCUGUAAAAAAUACCCUCAUUUUCAAAAAAAUUUAAGAUAGAUAAGGCAAGAAAUUGUGAUCUAAAACUUCCCUUGAUACAUUUUUGUGCAAGACGUACCACUUCUGCACACCAGUUUCUCACCAGGUUGUCCCAGUCACUACUUACAGUGGUUUUGUAGUGAUAUCUUUGAAAUUAUAGUACUACUAUAGUACUAAAAUGGAUGACUCUUUUGUGUAAAAUAAUGGUUUCUAGAGGCAGCCACUAUUUUUUUAAGCAAUAGGGAGGUAACGGCAACAAAAAUAAUGGUAAAAUCAUGUGUAUGUAUACUGUAGAGGAACAUUUUAAUAUUUUGAAAAGGUGUUAUUUACUACUAAGUAAGUGUAAUUGUAUUAAAAUUUCUGAAUACUGUAUUUGCAGAAUACAGACUCCAAAUCAUUUAAUAAUGAUCAUUAGUUUAGCAUGAAAUACUUUAGGAAAGAAGCUUUACUUUGUACGUAAGUGUAGUAUGGUGCUGAUCUUUUUUAUGUAAGCAUUGCCUCUUAAUAAAAAAAUAAAAGAAUAAAAAACAAA